GCGCCGGCCGCCGCCUCCACCGCCCCAUUACUACGGUGCUGCCCCGCUGCCUCCGCAUGCAGGAAAAGAUGACCGGUAUGGUGAACAUUGGCAACAGAAUGCUCCACCUCCGGCAGACCAUGUUGUCAAACUGCCUCCAGGUCCUCCUCCACCUCCUCCAUUUGCAUCACGUCCACCACACUCUCCAGGCCAUCUGCCCCCUCCACCUCCGCCUAUGAUAAGUAGCAGUGGAGGGUCUGGGUCCAAUUAUUCCGGUUCUGAGGUGCCACUGCCUCCAUCUCCUGGUGGCGCCCUUCGCCUCUCAAGAAGCACAUUCACCUAUGAACAGCUGGUUAUGGCAACCGAUGGUUUCUCUGAUGCUAAUCUCCUUGGGCAAGGUGGUUUCGGUUAUGUACACAGAGGAGUACUACCAAAUGGUAAGGAAGUUGCAGUCAAGCAAUUGAAAAUCGGAAGUGGGCAGGGAGAGCGUGAAUUCCAGGCAGAGGUUGAUAUCAUUAGUCGUGUACAUCAUAAGCAUCUUGUUACGUUGGUUGGAUACUGCAUUUCUGGAGGCAAGAGGCUGCUUGUCUAUGAAUAUGUUCCUAACAAUACAUUGGAGUUCCAUUUGCAUGGGAGAGAUCGGCCAACUAUGGAAUGGUCUACACGAUUGAAAAUUGCACUGGGUUCUGCAAAGGGUUUGGCAUAUCUUCAUGAGGACUGUCACCCUAAGAUUAUUCACCGUGAUAUUAAGGCAGCUAACAUUCUUCUUGAUUACAAAUUUGAGCCAAAGGUUGCAGAUUUUGGUCUUGCAAAGUUUGCUUCUGAUAACAACACCCAUGUUUCCACUCGGGUUAUGGGAACCUUUGGUUAUCUGGCACCUGAAUAUGCAUCUUCAGGUAAACUCACUGAUAAAUCAGAUGUCUUUUCGUUCGGUGUCAUGCUUCUGGAGCUAAUCACUGGACGCCGUCCUGUUGAUUCGUCGCAAACUUUCAUGGAUGAUAGCUUAGUUGACUGGGCAAGGCCAUUGCUUACUCGAGCUCUUGAGGAUGGCAAUUACGAUGCCCUUGUUGAUCCAAAGUUGGGUAGGAACUUUGACCCAAAUGAGAUGGCUUGCAUGAUUGCCUGUGCUGCUGCUUGUGUGCGCCACUCAGCACGGCGACGGCCAAGGAUGAGUCAGAUCAUGCGUGCUUUGGAAGGAGAUGUGUCUCUCGAAGAUCUGAACGAAGGCAUCAGGCCGGGUCAUAGCAGGUUUUACAGUUCGCAUGGCAGCUCCGACUAUGACUCUAGCCAGUACAAUGAGGAUAUGAAGAAGUUCAGGAAAAUGGCACUGACACCAGAGUACGGCAGCAGCGACUACAGCGCGCCUACCAGUGAAUAUGGCCAGCACCCAUCGGCGUCGGCCAGCAGUUCCUGUGGAAGCGGCGGCGGCGGCACUGGUGAUGAAGAAGAAUUGGAAAGGCAAGCGGCAAAAGACACGGUAGUGGUCGUGGGCGGUGGAGAACAGCCAGCAACAGCUGACAGCGUGCUGGUCGUGGGAGAGGAUGACAAGGCUGGAAGCGAGAAGAAAGCUUGCCCUGUGGACGGGAUAGAGAUUAAGAAGAAGAGAUGGCAAGGAGAAGAUGAAGAUGGGGAGUAUGACAGCGGUGAUGACAAGCCCAUUCUGGUUGAGGACCUCGUCUAAACUAGACGUGUACAUUGUGAUGAGUAUGUAACGUCUUCAUAAACAUAUCUGUCCUCUCUCUAUACGGGUGCGCCUGUAAGAGAUAAUACCUGCAAACAAA